UAGGAUAACCAAGACCACUGUACACAGGAUCGAAGCCCUCGCUUGGGAAGUUUCCCUAGGUCAGCCCAAUGCAGCCAAUAAAAACCCAAACAUUUUGCUCAAUUCAACGCACGCAGCCUUACUCGCAACAGUUUCUCUACGCGCUUCGCCCUCCGCUCUCCCUCCGCGUCUGAAUACUCAGCUGCAUUUUCAGGUGACGAUCUUGAUUCUUGUUUUCCGUUCUUCACAGUAUUGCGACUGUCUAUAGGAUCUAUUCGUUUUCACUUUCGCUUUCUACAUCUUUCCUUUCUGUGUAGAUCUGUGGUUUUCUGUUCUCUCUUGAUUUUGAUCGCUCCAUGAUGUUUCUCUAAGAUCUGAUUUUUCGGUUUUCUAGGGUUUGAUCUUUUUAAAAUUUUUAUUGCGUUCUGGCUUUUACCGGAUACUGAAUUAUUGAUUGUAACCGGAUGAUCUGAUUGAUUCAGAUCUGAUUUUUGUCCGGUGAUAUAACCGUAAUCUUUUCCGGUGGAUUGUUGAAUAAUUCAGCUGCUCUCCUUUCUGCGUUCCUUUUCGUAAUUUUUUAUUUAUAGAUCUAGUGUCUGUGAUAUGCUUCUGAUUUACGAUGCAUACAUUCAUGUUCGUGACUGUGGCUCGUCGAUGCGUUCUAGGUGUUAGAUGGGUCUUUUGGUCGGAGGGCUGUGCUCCUCUUAUUGUUAACAAUCGAUUCUUGUCUUAGGCCUACAUCAUUAAAGAUUCAAUUUGGGCCUGUUUGAUUGUGAUAUCUGAUCCGAUUUUGCCCUAGAUAACUCUUUGCAUUAUAAACGAUUUGAUCACCUCUCUUACUCCUUGUAUUAUAAACAAUUUAAUUUGCCUCUCGUACUCUGCAAUCAAAUCCAAUCACAACCAUUUUGACUUUUGAGCUGCUUGUUAAAACCGUUGCUUGAUUUCCAUGGUUGAUUUGUUUGACAAUUUAGGAUGUGGGUGAUCUGUCUUGGAUGAUGUUUCACUUUGAUGUGCUGCACACUUUUAAAUGUUUGCCCUUUAGAACUACUGUGCCUGAAAAUGAUUUGUGAUUUGUUUGGUUGUAAUGGGGUUCCUAGGUUUGAUCCUUGUCUUCCAGUGUCUAACUACAGUGAAGUGAUUCCUUUGGAUUCUAUAAUGUGUCUUGAUGUAAUUAUUUUAAUUUACCUUCUGUCACUUGCAGGGAGAGUGACAAUGGCUGAUAAGGUCCAACACCCCACAGUGAUGCAGAAGGUUGCUGGCCAGUACCUGGCCUCCCAGGAUGUUCAGAGGUAUGAUGGUGCUUUCCAGAGGCCUGCCUUGUACCAAAGGCGUGCAUAUGGAAACUACUCUAACGCAGCAUUCCAGUACUGUGGUUCAUCUUCAUCUGUCUCGUCCAUUGUACCAUCAACUGGAUCACCUGUUUUUGUUCAAGCACCAGCUGAGAAAGGGUUGGCAGGCUUUGCUAUUGAUUUUCUCAUGGGAGGAGUCUCUGCAGCAGUUUCUAAAACUGCUGCUGCACCUAUUGAGCGUGUGAAGCUUUUGAUCCAAAAUCAGGACGAGAUGAUCAAGACUGGCAGACUUGCCGAGCCCUACAAGGGUAUUGGUGACUGUUUUAAGAGGACAAUUGCUGAUGAAGGCGUUGUUGCAUUGUGGAGGGGUAACACAGCUAAUGUCAUCCGUUAUUUCCCCACCCAGGCCUUGAACUUUGCCUUCAAGGACUACUUCAAGAGGUUGUUCAACUUCAAGAAGGACAGGGAUGGUUACUGGAAGUGGUUUGCUGGUAACUUGGGAUCAGGUGGUGCUGCUGGUGCAUCUUCCCUCCUCUUUGUGUACUCUUUGGAUUAUGCUAGAACCCGUCUGGCCAAUGAUGCCAAGGCUGCCAAGAAGGGAGGCGAGAGGCAAUUCAAUGGUCUAGUUGAUGUCUACAAGAAGACUUUGGCAUCUGAUGGUAUUGCUGGGCUUUACCGUGGGUUCAACAUCUCGUGUGUUGGAAUCAUUGUCUACCGUGGUCUCUACUUUGGGAUGUACGACUCUCUAAAGCCAGUUCUCUUGGUUGGUGACCUCCAGGAUAGUUUCUUCGCUAGCUUUGCACUGGGUUGGCUUAUUACCAAUGGUGCUGGUCUUGCAUCCUAUCCAAUUGACACCGUGCGCAGAAGAAUGAUGAUGACAUCUGGCGAAGCUGUGAAGUACAGCAGUUCGCUGGCUGCGUUCAAGCAGAUUGUCAAGAAUGAGGGGACCAAGUCUCUCUUCAAGGGUGCUGGUGCAAACAUCCUCCGUGCCGUUGCUGGUGCUGGUGUGCUUGCUGGUUACGACAAGUUGCAGCUGAUUGUUUUCGGCAAGAAGUACGGAUCCGGCAGUGGUUAAGUUCCUUCACUGGUCUCUCUUUUUAGCCGUUUAGAUGUUGAUGAAAAUCUUUCACAUUCCGGGAGAAGGUGGUCCUCGCAGCAGACAGUCGUUAUGAUAUGUUUCUUCAAAUAAUUACAAUUUUUUUUGAGAGGGGGUGGGUGAUAAAUACCCCCUGGAUCUGCUUUCACUUGGGAAUUUUGGAUUAAGAAAGCUUUACAUUACUAGUUUGUGGCCUAAGGUGCCACUGUCGGAUGUUUCUAUUUUCUGUCAUCGAUUUGAGCGUUAAUCGACAUACAUUCCUAUUAUCCUUUUGUUAUUCUUUCGCAUGUAUUACUGUCAGUCUGUCAUAUUAAUUUAGGUCCAUCUUGUAUUCCUAUCUUGAACUUCGCGGUGUGGCGUGGACUAGUCUUCGUUGCUAUCAUUGUGGUGGUAAGAUCAGUGGUCUGUGUAAAUGCAUGGUGAAACCCGAGCUGUGUAUUAUUGAGAUGUUGAUCUUUAUACAGAGGUUUGGCAACUGAUUGUCGAGAUUACAGCAAGCUACUAACAGAUCUAGAAUGUGGCAGUAAACUAGGAACAGAAAG